CAGUAUGGCGCCCAGCCUGGUGGCUACUACAAUAACAACAACAACUACCCUCCGCCGCCGCCCAACUCGUACCAGAUGAACCCCAUGCCGACCGAUGGUAACUACGGCCAGCAACCGCAGUAUGGAUAUGGAGGUCCACCGCCGCAGCAGUAUGGAAAUGGUUAUGGGGAUGGCGGGUACGCUCCGCCUCAGGGACCUCCGCCGAACGGGUACAAACCUCCUCCGACCGAUGGUUACGGCGGCCCCCCGCCCUCGUACGACGAAGUGUUCAAGGUCCAGAAGCCCAAGUACAACGAUUGGUGGGCCGGGCUUUUGUUCCUGGCUACCGUUGCUGGAUUCGUCGCGGUUUCGGCUAUCAGUAUUCAUGGUUAUGCCGACAACAGAAGUCAAAACAAUGGCAGCCUCAAUGGUCAACGCAACACUUUUGGUCUCACCACUCACACCAUUUACCUCUUCGUCUGGGUCCUGAUUUGCGCCAUUGUCCUCAGUUAUGCGUACAUGUGGAUGGCCCGCAAGUUUACCAAGCAGUUCAUCUACGCCACCGGCAUCCUCAACAUUGUUAUGGGCCUGGUGACGGCACUUUACAUGUUGUCUCGCAAAUACUGGUCCGGCGGUAUCGUCUUUCUGAUCUUCGUCGUCCUCCAAGCCCUCUUCUUCUGGUCCUGCCGGUCGCGCAUUCCCUUUUCGACCUUAAUGCUCCAAACCGCCAUUGACGUCUCCAAGGUGCACGGUCACGUCUACCUCGUUUCCGCCGUCGGCGGUGUCAUCGGCACCCUGUUCGCCGCUUACUGGGCCAUCACCCUCGUAGCCGUCUACGUCAAGUUCGAGCCGGACCCGAACAACGCCGCCUGCCGUAACGCCGGUGGGUGUUCCUCAGGCAAAGUCAUUGGCCUAAUUGUCUUUAUCACCUUCGCCGGCUACUGGAUCUCGGAGUGGCUGAAGAACACCAUCCACACCACCGUUGCGGGCAUUUACGGGUCGUGGUACUUCAACAGCCGCAACUAUCCGACUAAAGUUACCCGCGGCGCCCUCAAGCGCUCACUCACUUACUCCUUUGGCUCGAUUUCUCUGGGAUCCCUCUUCAUCGCCAUCAUCAACCUCAUCCGCCAACUCGCCCAGGCUGCUCAACAAAACGCCGCGCAGGAGGGCGACAUCCUCGGAACCAUUCUCUGGUGCAUCUUUGGGUGUCUGAUCGGCAUCUUGGACUGGCUCGUCGAGUUCAUCAACCGCUACGCCUUCUGCCACAUUGCGCUCUACGGAAAAGCCUACUUUGCCGCGGCCAAGGAUACCUGGAAGAUGGUCAAGGACCGGGGAAUCGACGCUCUGAUCAAUGAAUGCCUGAUCGGCCCCGUGCUAACCUUUGGCGCUACUUUCGUCGCUUAUGCGUGCGGUCUGAUUGCCUAUCUGUACAUGGUGUACACCAAACCGGCGUAUAAUGAUGGAGGUGGAUUCACACCCGUGGUGGUCGCGUUUGCGUUCCUGAUUGGGUUGCAGGUGUGCAAUGUGUUUACGACGCCGCUGACGAGUGGCAUUGAUACGAUAUUUGUGGCGAUGGCGUGGGACCCCGAGGUGUUGAUGAGGGAUCAUCCGGAUUUGUAUCACAGGAUGGUGCAGGUUUAUCCCCAUGUUCAGGAGGCUAUUCAUGCGUGAUUUGGCCUCCUUCUGUGGUAGAUGGGAAGUAAUAUUGGAGGAUGGGCGAGGCAGGCAGGGAGGGGAGAGUAGAAAGAAAGACGGGCCGCCCCCUUACUGGUGGCUGUCAAAAAGAAAGGAGAGAGGGCGGUUACAUACCGUUUUCGCGAAGGGGAAG